UGAUUAUUCAUGUGCUGUACUGUAUGUCAGGAUGUCUGUUGAAAGCCAAGAGACCCGGACAGUUGAGGUGCUGGGAGUACCUGAGGAGGUGGAGGAUGAGCUGCUGUAUUUGUACUUUGAGAACAAGCGUCGUUCUGGAGGAGGCAGUCUGGUGUCUGUGGAGCUGGAAGGGAGCCGGGCCUUACUGCUGUUUGAAGAGGCAGAGGGUAAGAAUGGAUUCAGUCUGUGUAUUUCUUGUGAUCUGAUAUAAUGUCGAAGGCCAAUAAGUUUUACUUUAUGUACCUAUACAACAUCUUGUGAUUCAUUCUUUAUCUGGAUCCCCAUAUGCUCAUGUCUUAGUGACGCUAGUAUUCCUGUGGUCCACAAAUUAAUGAUAAUAUUGUACCAAAAAAACAAUUCAUCCAUUGCCAUCCCAUAGCAUGCUGAUUAUGUCUGUGUUUGAUUGACAGCUGCAGCAAGGGUCCUGUCUAAAGGACCCCAUGUCCUGCACAAUGCUGAGUUGACCGUGAGGAAGCCUGCGUGUAAGGAUCCAUGGAGACUGUUGCUGCGGGGGGUUAACCCAACCACCAGUCAGGAGCUGGUGGAGCUGUAUGUAGAGAACAUGAUGGGGAUGGACAUGGACGAUUACACUCUGUACCCCUCACCUGGCAGGGACCUGGUCCUAGUACACUUCCAUCAGGCCUUCAAUAAAGGUUUGGGGUUUUCCUAUCAAGUUUAAGUUUAAAGAUGGAAUCCACAGUAGGGGGAAACAGCGCCACUGGCCGCCCCACCACCCUUGUUUUUGGUGGCGUGCUGAGGAACAUUGCGCAGCAUGGUCAAAACAUUGCAGUACAUAUUGUGCUCUUCUAUCGCGUGUGCAAUGACAUCAGAGGGGAAAAGGCAGUGUUUGUUGUUUGCAGUAACUUCUUUGUUGUUGUAAAAUGGCAAACAGACAUGCAGAGUUCAAUUUACACCAUGACAUUUAGGGGGUCUCUGUAUUGAGUGCACAAACUCAAUUAUUUCAUAGGCCUAAUAAUAAAGACAUAAUUGAAAUGGUAAAAAUGUAUUACCUUUUAAUGUGGCAUGAACACAACAAGUCAUAUUUUCAUCUGAUUGUCAAACAAAUCACUUCAAAAAGUAGGCAUGUUCGUCCACUCCAAAAUAAUUCCAGCAUCCAAACUGCAUGUACAGUGGGGGAAAAAAAGUAUUUAGUCAGCCACCAAUUGUGCAAGUUCUCCCGCUUAAAAAGAUGAGAGGCCUGUAAUGUUCAUCAUAGGUACACGGCAACUAUGACAGACAAAUUUUUCCAUAAAAUCACAUUGUAGGAUUUUUAAUGAAUCUAUUUGCAAAUUAUGGUGGAAAAUAAGUAUUUGGUCAAUAACAACAUUUCUCAAUACUUUGUUAUAUACCCUUUGUUGGCAAUGACACAGGUCAAACGUUUUCUGUAAGUCUUCACAAGGUUUUCACACACUGUUGCUGGUAUUUUGGCCCAUUCCUCCAUGCAGAUCUCCUCUAGAGCAGUGAUGUUUUGGGGCUGUCGCUGGGCAACACGGACUUUCAACUCCCUCCAAAGAUUUUCUAUGGGGUUGAGAUCUGGAGUUCUUGUGAUCAUUUUGACCCCACGGGGUGAGAUCUUGCGUGGAGCCCCAGAUCGAGGGAGAUUAUCAGUGGUCUUGUAUGUCUUCCAUUUCCUAAUAAUUGCUCCCACAGUUGAUUUCUUCAAACCAAGCUGCUUACCUAUUGCAGAUUCAGUCUUCCCAGCCUGGUGCAGGUCUACAAUUGUGUUUCUGGUGUCCUUUGACAGCUCUUUGGUCUUGGCCAUAGUGGAGUUUGGAGUGUGACUGUUUGAGGUUGUGGACAGGUGUCUUUUAUACUGAUAACAAGUUCAAACAGGUGCCAUUAAUACAGGUAACGAGUGGAGGACAGAGGAGCCUCUUAAAGAAGAAGUUACAGGUCUGUGAGAGCCAGAAAUCUUGCUUGUUUGUAGGUGACCAAAUACUUAUUUUCCACCAUAAUUUGCAAAUAAAUUCAUUAAAAAUCCUACAAUGUGAUUUUCUGGAUUUUCUUUUCUCAUUUUGUCUGUCAUAGUUGACGUGUACCUAUGAUGAACAUUACAGGCCUCUCAUCUUUUUAAGUGGGAGAACUUGCACAAUUGGUGGCUGACUAAAUACUUUUUUUCCCCACUGUAUACUCGGGGCAUUUGAUAAAUGGAAAUAGACAUCUGUUACAAAACCCCAAAAAGUGUGCCUAAUGACAUUCAGCGAUUACCAUUGAUUAGGCCGACAUUAAUUGAUGCGUCUUGCUGACAAAUAUAGUUUUUUUUUUUGUAGCCUGAAAAGUCGGGACACCUGAAAUGGGCUGAAACUGUCCCGGGCAAAACGGGAUGCUCACCCUAACACACAGUCAACUUACUAGACUAGGCUACAAUGGGUAUUACCAUGACAAUAGGCCUACUGGUAGCCAAUGAUGUAGUGUUUUUAAAAAGUAGGUGGGUAAACUGGUUGCCGGUCGUGGUGAAAAGUUUAGUUCCCUAUGCUUUCAAUGCAUUAUUUUGAAAAGGGUGGGUAAACGGCGCUCCACUAGGUCUACACCACUGCCGGUAGACUACCCUCUCAGCCAAGGCUAUUUUAAACACCUGAACACACGCAGAAUAGGUAGCCUACAUUCAAUAUAAUACAUGAUUUGAAUCAAAACAUGUUUUACACCCUCGUUCAUGGGUUGUCCAUAAUUAAUGAGUUAAUGCUUGGAGUCUUCACAGAUUGUGUGACAUAAAACACUACCUUUCUUUCCUUACAUGAAUGACAUUUGACAGUGUUAUUUGUCACUAGUAAGCAUUUAACAAUUGAAUUAAAACAUUGACCUUAAACCAUGUAUGGAACUUGGAGAUCUCGGAAAAUGCACUAUAAGUGUAACUAUGCCUAUGUAACAUUUCAUUAUGUUUUGCCGUGAAAACAGUUCUCAUGGGCAUACAAAUCCAAAAUGAUGUAGGCUUACGCCAUUGCAAAAUCGAAUGCUUCUAACCAAUAGAGUCAACUAUAGGCCUACUGUCAUUAGUGUAUAGUCUACUUGUUGAAUGGAUUGGAUGUACAUUGGUGACUAAGUGUAGGCUAAUUAUCUAGUGAUAUUGUCGACAAUCAUCAGCUGAACCAGGAAAGAAAACACAUUUUGAUAGAAAAUAAUAAAGCUAAAUAAAUGGUCUGCUACUUCUGGGCAGGGAGAGCACCAGUACCCUGGUGCACCUGAAAAACAAAGCAAUGAGCGCUGACUGACAAAAGCAAACUAUGAUAAUCCAAUUAUAAAUCUAAUGCAUUGAAAAAAGCUAUGUUUAUCAAGGACGUAUGGCAAACGAAUGGCGGAAAUGAGGAAGUACAAAGGAAAAUCAUUCAGAGGAGUUGAGCCCCCCCUGGCUUCCCCGUAAUUUCACCAUGGGCUGUUUCACCAUUAAAGGGAUACUUCAGGAGUCAGAUGAACUCAUGGAUACCUUUUUGUAUGUCUUUGCGUGGGUUUUGAAGAAAGUUGCUAACUAGCGCUAGUGCAAUUGCUAACUAGCGUUAGCAUAAUGACUGGAAGGCUAUGGGUAUCUGGAGCAGAUACCCAUAGACCUCCAGUCAUUUUGCUAACGCUAGUUAGCAUUGGCUCGCAGAACUACUUCUAACUUCCUUCAUACAUUCCACAGAGGCAUAAAAAUGGUAACAAGUUCAUCUUGAUAAAGGACCUCAUUGCCAAUGUCCUGAAGUAUCUCUUUAAAAACCUUUUUAGGAAGUUUGAACUUUGGAUAAAAGUUAAGUAUCAACUAAACCAGAGAUUUUAAGUAAUUGAAAUGAUUUGGCAAAUAAUAUAAUUGCGAAUGUAUUUUAAGUGGCUAUGCUUUUGCAUACAGUAUAGUUAAUGUGUGUAUUCUUCCUUAUUUUGCAUGCACAGACUUCCAGAAGCUUUACACAAAGAUCUCUAAGAAGCCUCUGGAUGGAGCACAGAUCGUUCUGGAACAGAUAGAUCAGACUGACUCCAUUUUAGUGGAGAACCUGCACCCCAGCAUCACAGCAGACAUGCUGAAUCUGUACAUGGAGAGCCAACGGGCUGGUGGAGUUAAGGAAGUCACCAUGAUGUCAGAGGGGGUUGCCAGGGUCUCCUUCCUGGACUUUGACUGUAAGUUUUGAACAUAGACUUAUAUAAUGUCGAAUGUCUGUUUGAAUGUAAGUUAUGUUUUCUACUGUAGAAAAAAAGGACUUCGUACAUUUGUAUACAAGCAAUUCCGUUGUAGCUGUUGUAUCCGUUUAAAGUCAUAUUGUUGUUAGAUGUUGUAUGUUAAUGCAACAUAAAAGCUAUAAAGCAGGGGUAUUCAAAUCCUUCCUUGAGGGUCUGAAGUACUGCUGGUUUUCUGUUCUACCUGAUAAUGAAUUGCACCCACCUGGUAUCCCAGGUCUAAAUCAGUCCCUGAUAAGAAGGGAAGAAUGUAUGGGGGGGGGGAAAGCACUGGAACUGGCUUCGAGAUCCAGAUUUGAAUUUGAUGGCUCUAAAGCAUGCAAGUUCUAUCUAGCUGUUGAAUGCGUUUUAUUCCCUUCCUUGUUAUUGCAUCUAACAGCAGUGGAACGUGUCCUUAAACAAUCACACAAGCUUGAGGAGACGGAUCUGAUGGUCAGGCCUUACUUCUCCUUCCUCCAAUCAGAGGACAGCUCCUCCUCACCUCUGACCUCACCCCUGACCUCACCACUGACCUCUCUGAAUGGAACAUCCAAUAGUAGCGCAACGAACACACUGCAGACAGACAGUGGUGGUCAAUCACAUACUGGUUCUCUCCCUGCAGCCAGUACCAGUGAUCAUUCUCAGUCCUCCCAUCAGGUUAACUCUGAGCCCCUGGUCCCCCUUCUGUCCACCCCUGUGUCCCAGGCAGCAGCAGCCCAGGGAGGCAUGGAGGACCUAACGUCGACCCCAGAGCCCCUGUCUAGCCACAUCUCCGUCCCUGACCCAGUGAAACUCGCACUGCUCAAGCUCAGUCCCCUGCCCCAGAGCCUUCAGCUGGCCCACCCAGCUUGUAGCGUCCAGAUCAGGGAGGACGGGGUCCACAUGGCCGGGUCUGACCGGCUGGGGCUGGAGCAGCUGAAGAACUCUGUGUUGGAGUUCCUCAGGGGCGUGGCCCAGGCUCAUCUCACCUUUGACCCAGAGAAGGCCCACUUCCUGGCCAAACAGGAAGUGAAAGACAAGCUGCUGCAGACGUUGAAGGACAAGGGGCUGCCGUCCAUGUAUACAGUGUCGGACUGUGACGUCGUGGUAACGUCUCUGUCUUUCAGCUUGGUGAGCCAGGCUUGUAGCUUGCUGAAGACCCUGCUGUCUGACUUCAGUAUCCCCGUGGACAGAGAGUAUGAGUGUAUGCUGUACGCCCAGGAGUGGACUGGCUUCCUCCAGUCUCUGGGUCUCUGCUCUGCUAAGGUGUCAGAGAGGGGACAGAUAGAUGUCCUGACUCUGAGAGGGUUGGAGGAGGAGAAGCAGGCUAAGAUAGUAGAGUUCCUCAGUACACCCAUUGAAAGGGAGGCUAUCAUCUCUAUGGAGCCAGGCAUGUUGAAGUACAUCCAGACACACUGUCACCAGCUACUGGCAGAUAUGGACCAGGUGUCCAUCUUCCCUCUGGACGCACAUGACGUCUGUGGACUCAAAGUAAGUGUUUUACCUUUUUAGAAAUAUCAUAAAAACAUGUCAUUCCAUUAUAGAAAUUAAUUCACAGUAUAUGCUGUAAUUCUCUCAUACCCUUUUCACACUACCGAGUCAAGCUGAGCUGUACUGGGUUGGCCUGGUUACACGUGCUGGAGUGGACAAUGUGAAAAUAAAAUAUCUGAGCCAAUACGGUUGAGGUUGGCACGCUAGUGUGAAAAGGGUAUCCAAUGUCUUUGUGAAUAAUGGUCUUAUACACUGUUUCAUACUCGUCAUGUCUAUGAUUGGUAGAUCCACGGCAACGCAGGGGCGUGUCAAAUGGCCGAUGAGGUUCUGAGGGGCGUGGUGUCGUCCAUCGUGACCAGAACCAUCACAGUGAACGAACCGGGCGUGGCGCGGUUCCUCAUCCAGGAGGGAGAGGGGACCAGCAUCCUCAGGGAGAUGCAGGCCAAGUUCCAGGUCUACAUCAACAUGGAGAAGGUGCACUGGGAACCCCUGGAGAACGAGGUAGUUGGCCCAAUGAUGACCAUAUUAAUAUAGACUGUAUUAUCGCUGCAUUUACUACCAUUACUAAUUCACUUGCAAAUGAAGUAGCCAAAUGAUAAACAUCUACACAUACAGUGGGGGAAAAAAGUAUUUAGUCAGCCACCAAUUGUGCAAGUUCUCCCACUUAAAAAGGUGAGAGAGGCCUGUAAUUUUCAUAAUAGGUACACGUCAACUAUGACAGACAAAUUGAGAAAAAGAAAUCCAGAAAAUCACAUUGUAGGAUUUUUAAUGAAUUUAUUUGCAAAUUAUGGUGGAAAAUAAGUAUUUGGUCACCUACAAACAAGCAAGAUUUCUGGCUCUCACAGACCUGUAACUUCUUCUUUAAGAGGCUCCUCUGUCCUCCACUCGUUACCUGUAUUAAUGGCACCUGUUUGAACUUGUUAUCAGUAUAAAAGACACCUGUCCACAACCUCAAACAGUCACACUCCAAACUCCACUAUGGCCAAGACCAAAGAGCUGUCAAAGGACACCAGAAACACAAUUGUAGACCUGCACCAGGCUGGGAAGACUGAAUCUGCAAUAGGUAAGCAGCUUGGUUUGAAGAAAUCAACUGUGGGAGCAAUUAUUAGGAAAUGGAAGACAUACAAGACCACUGAUAAUCUCCCUCGAUCUGGGGCUCCACGCAAGAUCUCACCCCGUGGGGUCAAAAUGAUCACAAGAACGGUGAGCAAAAAUUCCAGAACCACACGGGGGGACCUAGUGAAUGACCUGCAGAGAGCUGGGACCAAAGUAACAAAGCCUACCAUCAGUAACACACUACGCCGCCAGGGACUCAAAUCCUGCAGUGCCAGACGUGUCCCCUUGCUUAAGCCAGUACAUGUCCAGGCCCGUCUGAAGUUUGCUAGAGUGCAUUUGGAUGAUCCAGAAGAGGAUUGGGAGAAUGUCAUAUGGUCAGAUGAAACCAAAAUAGAACUUUUUGGUAAAAUCUCAACUCGUCGUGUUUGGAGGACAAAGAAUGCUGAGUUGCAUCCAAAGAACACCAUACCUACUGUGAAGCAUGGGGGUGGAAACGUCAUGCUUUGGGGCUGAUUUUCUGCAAAGGGACCAGGACGACUGAUCCGUGUAAAGGAAAGAAUGAAUGGGGCCAUGUAUCGUGAGAUUUUGAGUGAAAACCUCCUUCCAUCAGCAAGGGCAUUGAAGAUGAAAUGUGGCUGGGUCUUUCAGCAUGACAAUGAUCCCAAACACACCGCCCGGGCAACGAAGGAGUGGCUUCGUAAGAAGCAUUUCAAGGUCCUGGAGUGGCCUAGCCAGUCUCCAGAUCUCAACCCCAUAGAAAAUCUUUGGAGGGAGUUGAAAGUCCGUGUUGCCCAGCGACAGCCCCAAAACAUCACUGCUCUAGAGGAGAUCUGCAUGGAGGAAUGGGCCAAAAUACCAGCAACAGUGUGUGAAAACCUUGUGAAGACUUACAGAAAACGUUUGACCUGUGUCAUUGCCAACAAAGGGUAUAUAACAAAGUAUUGAGAAACUUUUGUUAUUGACCAAAUACUUAUUUUCCACCAUAAUUUGCAAAUAAAUUCAUAAAAAAUCCUACAAUGUGAUUUUCUGGAGAAAAAAAAUCUCAUUUUGUCUGUCAUAGUUGACAUGUACCUAUGAUGAAAAUUACAGGCCUCUCUCAUCUUUUUAAGUGGGAGAACUUGCACAAUUGGUGGCUGACUAAAUACUUUUUUCCCCCACUGAAGAUGUAUAAUGGCAGCGAUUUGUUUUCUGUGCCAUGAACUUGUUCCUCUACAUUGUUUGCUGCAUGCUGUCAUUUUGAUUGGGAUAAGCAUGGUUAAGCCUAUGGUGUAUUUCAGAGAUUGUAGGAGGCUGGUGGGAGGAGCUAUAUGAGGACCGGCUCAUUGUAAUGGCUGGAAUGGAAUUCACGGAACGGUAUCAAGCGUAUGAAACCACAUGGUUGACACCGUUCCAUUGAUUGCAUUCCAGCCAUUACAAUGAGCCCAUCCUCCUAUAGCUCCUCCCACCAGCCUCCUCUGUCAGAUGUGUGUAUAUAUAUUCUGUGUGUCUAUAUACAGUACGUCUCUGGUGUAUUCUAGCUUUGUCCUCUCCCUACAGGACAUCUUUGAGGCUGCGUGGAAUAUGAUGUCCCAUCAGAGCUUCCAGAGAAGGUCCUCAGAUGGUUCCUUACAGGCCUCCACAUCAGUUCUGACUCACACUAACCAGACUUCCAACGACUUCUCAGCUCCAGACAUAGGUACACACUUUCAUCUCACUAUUCUCAUAUCAAUCAAAUGUAUUUGUAAAACUAUUUUUACAUAAUUUGUCACAACUUGUACAGUAACCCAGCCUAGACCCUGAAGAGCACAUGGAAGCACAGUGGCCAGAAUAAUCUUCAGAGAAGGGAGUUAUUCUAUUGGCAUUGUUGUUUUGCAAUCACUGAAAACAUAUGUACUGAUCCCAGGUCUUAUAGAGGAGGCAAAGAGGCUAAUCUCAGCCAUAGAUGAGAUGGUGGACUCUGGCCUCUCUAGUCUGACCAGAACCACUGACAUUGAGGAGGAUCUGUCUACGGCCGGGGAACCCAUGGCCCUCAGCACUGACCACAACCCAGACAGAGACAGCACUGACGUGGAGGAGGAGGCUCCACAGCCGCUAGUGGAUGGAGGGGGUAGUGAUGAUGAGGGUGCUCUUGCUCCUCUGGCAACGCAACUCUCUUCUAACCUGGAGGAGGAGGCCCAGAUGUCCCUGGCCAUCCAGUACUCCAUGGAAACCACAAAGAGGUCCCUGACCGAGGAGGAGGAGCUGCAGAAGGUUCUGGAGCUGUCCAAUAUGAUGACGAAGAUGACUCGGCAUGAUAGUGGUGCCAUGGCUACCGCUUCCCUCCCUACUGCUGGCUCCCACCUCGAUCAGGCUGUCCAGGUGUCUCUGCAGGAGGCCAUCCAGUCAGCCAACACGGCAACAAUCUUUGUGUUCGCUGGCUAUAGCUGUGAUCUGAUCAGAGUGGACAUUGCCCUGAACAAGAAGGUCACCCUGAGACGGCAUGAGGAGAAGCUAGAGCACCGCAGCCUGAGGAACCUGUCUCAGUACCACAGGUACGUGUGUGUCUGUGUGUACACUGUCUUUUUUAUAGUGAUGGAAAAUCCAUAUCGAUGUCAGUUGCAUUUUUUCUAUUCAAUAUCAUAUUGGUUCGUAGAAAACAGUCCAGACAACUGCUUGCAGUUUGCCCAUUGGGCCAGGUGUGUUCUGAUGGUAUAAACCUACCUAACCAGGGUUGUGGGUUCGAUUUCCCACGGGGGGCCAGUAUGAAAAAAUUUAUGCACUCACUAACUGCAAGUCGCUCUGGAUAAGAGCGUCUGCUAAAUGACUAAAAUGUAAAUGUAAAUACAAUGGGAAGCCCAUCCACAGUUGAUGGCCCAUCAGCAGGCAAUUAAGUAUGGUACCUUUAAGAGCCUGUGAGAAGAUCUGUUUUGUGCCUGCAGGAACAGUCAUGUAUGCUUUUUAUAGAAUAGUGUAGGUUAACAGGAAGAAUAUACCUAUAUUAAAAUAUGCCUUGCUCAUAUCAAUAUUAAACAAUAUCAUAUGGAAUUUUCAAUGUUGGUGCCCACCAAUCAGGAGGUGUCUGGACCUCAUCAAGAGGAAACACGCCGUGGAGGUCACCAUCCAGGGAACCACGGCAAUCCUCUCCGGGUUCAAAGACUUUGUUACCGGGGCGAUGCCGGACAUGAAGCUGUUGCUGAGGAGGAUCUCCACGACGAUGUCAGACGCUGACAUCCUGCGGAUGGUGCAAUGGGUGUGGCACGACCCGGCGUCGUCAGGAACGAAGACCCCGUACGCUCCAGAGGCGACAGUGUUUAUGGAGAACGCCUGGAAGAUGAGGCAGAAAAAGAUUGACAUCCUGCUCAACAACCAACCGCACAUCAUCAACUUUGAGAAGAUGCAGGAGUACAACGUGGCCUCUGGGAAGUCAGUAACCAUCUCCAGGAAGAUGCUGAGCUCAGAAGAUGUGUACUCAGAUAUACAAGGUAAAGAGAACUUUGCAAAUACUGUAUGUGAGCUUAUUCUUAUGUUAUUUAUUUAUUUGGUAAGAAUUACAUUUGUGAGAUGCUAUUUAAUUACUGAUGCAAUAUCCGUGUUGUCUUAUUAACAAAGCUAUUUAAUGUUGCACUGUUUUCCUUCAUGCUAUAUUGCACUUAAAUUGCUACAAUAUGUUUCUCUGUUUUUCAGAUGAGGACUACAGUCUACUGUCCAACCUGCCUGAAAUGUCCAGAGUGAACGAGGACUCGGAUGAGUUCCAGGAUGUUGUGAAAGACUUCUAUGACUCCAUUCAGGAGUACCACAACAGAAUCAGAAUCAUUAAAGUAUGUAGUAUCUAUCAACAGCAACUAACCAUUAACUUUGUAUUGUAUCAGUGAUGUCAGAAGCCAUUCCUCUGUUAAUCUCAUUUCCCAGAUUGAGAAACUGAUGAAUAGGCUCCUGUACAACCAGUACAGACUGAAGAAGGCUAGUAUAUAUCAGAGUGCCACUGACCCAGAAGUGGAGCGGACUCUGUACCACGGUACAAGCGAGACCAGCGUGAAAGAGAUCUGUGUUCAUGGCUUCAACAGAAGCUUCUGUGGAAAGAAUGGUAAGGCCUUUCUAAUUAUUAUUGGGGUUUUUUAAUCAGCUUUUUUUAUUUCAUUUUAACAUUAUUUUCAUGUAGACAUUAAUGUGGCCUCUCUUGUAUAUCCUGGUCUCUCUGCAGCCAUUGUGUACUGUCAAGGGUUCUACUUUGUACUAAUUUGGCCUAUUGUAUCUCUUUCAGUAAUAAUUUGGUCUCUUGUUGUGGUUUCUCUCUGCAGCCACUGUGUAUGGUCAGGGGGUUUACUUUGCUGUGAACUCGGCCCUGUCCGUCCAGGAUCAGUAUUCUCCCCCCAACGCAGACGGACACAAGUUUGUGUUUGUGACCAAGGUGCUUACUGGGGACUUCACUCAGGGCAGUCACUCCAUGAAGACUGCUCCUCUGAAGGAGACUACUGAGAUACCCCUCAGAUACGACAGCGUGGCAGAUAAGACGGCCAACCCCUCUCUGUUUGUUAUCUUCAACGACACACAGGCCUACCCUGAGUAUCUCAUCACAUGUCAGAAGAUUCACCGCUGAGGGAAGGAAGGAGUGGGAGAUGAUUGAUAUUCAAAAAAGCACCAACUCUGUUUCGGCCUAGUGUUUAUACAUUUUUCCCUAUUGGGAAGAGGAUUCAUGGGAAUUCUAUUAGAAAUAUACUGUGCAUUGUGUUUCUUUAAUCAUGCAUCUUAAUUUAGUUUUUCUAACUUGUUUACGCCGCUGCUGUUUAUUUAUGAGACAACAAUAUAGCCUUCUUCUACAGUAUAAUUACAAAUACUCAUUGUUAUCCAUACCAAUAAUACGAUUGCAAAGCGUUCAUUCACAGUGCAAUUCAAUCAUGAAUUAGCUAAAUGCAAUAUUCUCGACUCAAACCGUAUAGUUUGAUCUUUAUAAUCAAUGAAACACAUAACGCACCUCCAAUGGUAUUACAUGGAAUUUUACCUGUGAAAUGCUGGAAUGCGGUUUUAACCAAU